AUUCGGUAUAUUGGUUUGUGUCGUCCACUCGUCGUCAGUUACAAAGCCCGCAAAAGAAGUGCUUUCCUCCAUCAUUAGCGGAACAUAAAAUCUCGCGUGCACGGAUUAUUACUCAGGAUUCCUUCAAUUCAUUAGUUUGUAUACGAAACGUAACCAUAUAUGAACUUGUGUUUUUUUUUUGUUAUGCUUUGGUUAACCCUAUAUUCCAAAGUUUAUGGUUUACUAGAGUUGAGAAAUAUUUAGUGUUCACUUUAUUAAAUAUUCGUUUUUUAAAACAGAUUCCUUUCCAAAAUUUUAAUAUCUGAACGGCUAGAAAGCUAAUAAAAAUAGUACUUUAUUUCUUUCUCCUGAAUAUUUAUUCAACUGGUGACCGUUUGCGCCCGACAAUUUGAAAUUCGCCCGAAAAAAAAAGAAAACGAAGAAGAAGAAUCGGACAGUAUUUUGUGUUCUGUCUGUAUCGAAAGCAACUGGAUCGUGAGUGAGUGGAAUCAGAUUUGGCAAAAAUGAGCUCUGCAAAACCGGAUGACAAGUCUAACGAUAUCCCAGAGAAACUUUACGAUGUAGCCACAAAGAAAACUUACAAGCGGUUGCGGUUUUUUGGGAAGGGAGGAUUUGCCAAAUGCUAUGAAAUCAUGGACGUCGUUACCGGUGAAGUGUUUGCCGGCAAAAUCGUUUCCAAAAAGUUGAUGAUGAAACACAAUCAAAAGGAGAAAAUGACUCAGGAAAUAACUAUACACAGAUCUCUCAACCACAGGAACAUUGUUGGUUUUCAUAGUUUCUUUGAUGAUCCAUUGAAUAUAUACAUCGUGCUUGAGCUCUGUAAAAAACGAUCUAUGAUGGAAUUGCACAAACGGCGAAAAAUCAUCACCGACUAUGAGUGUCGUUACUACAUUCAUCAGGUGUUAACGGGUGUAAAAUAUCUGCACGACAGAAAUAUUAUUCAUCGAGAUCUGAAGUUGGGUAAUCUAUUUCUCAAUGAUGAGUUGCACGUCAAAAUUGGCGACUUUGGGCUGGCAACUAAGAUCGAAUACGAGGGGGAGCGUAAGAAAACACUAUGUGGCACGCCAAAUUAUAUUGCGCCAGAAAUAUUGAACAAAAAAGGUCACAGCUAUGAAGUUGACAUCUGGUCGAUCGGCUGUGUCAUGUAUACGCUUCUGGUGGGACAACCACCAUUUGAAACAAAAAGUUUGAAGGAUACGUAUACAAAAAUUAGAAAAUGUGACUAUCGUCUUCCUGCGACCUUACGAUCAAGCGCCGCUGAGAUGAUAUGUUCUAUGCUGCAAUCAGAUCCGAUGAAGCGGCCAAGUGUAACACAGUUAUUUGAUUUUGAAUUCAUCGCUAACAGUCACAUACCGGCUUCGCUUCCAAUCUCAUGCCUAACCAUGGCACCUCGGGCCGAUCAACUUGAAUCAGCAGAUCGCGCAGGUAGAAAACCACUUUCAGAAGUUAAUGAUGAUACUCGAUUUGAAUCUUCCUUCUUGAAAAAUAAUCUUCACGAUGCAAUAACGGCAUCCGGAACAAUGUCACGACACAAUGAAGGAUAUCGCACAGAUAUUGAAAACUUGUACAAGCAGCUUAGUUCACUAAUUGCAUCGAAACCACCGAGAUUAACGGCAAACUUGGACGAUGAGAACACUGAUCCAGCAGUACAACCGCUCUUCUGGGUUUCGAAGUGGGUCGAUUAUAGCGACAAGUAUGGAUUUGGGUAUCAGCUAUGCGACGAAGGCAUGGGAGUGAUGUUUAAUGAUACUACUAAACUGAUCAUGCUAGCAAACGGACUCAACGUACAUUUCAUCGACAAGGAAGGUGUUGAGACGUACAUGGAUGUUAACAACUAUCCGCCCCAGAUGGAAAAGAAGAUGAAACUUUUGUCCUACUUUAAACGCUACAUGACAGAGCACUUAGUGAAAGCCGGUGCUGGAGCCGUUAAUAUUGAAAGUGAUCAGAUAUCCCGUAUUCCUCAUCUGCACACUUGGUUUCGAACAAUGUGUGCGGUGGUAAUGCAUCUGACUAAUGGCACCGUACAACUAAAUUUCUCCGAUCAUCAGAAAAUUAUUCUGUGUCCACUCAUGCGUGCCGUCACUCUUAUGGAUAACAACAAAAAUUUCCGAACCUAUCGCAUCUCUACCAUCCAGGAUCAAGGAUGCUCAAGUGAUUUGUACCAGAAAAUCCGAUAUGCACACGAAAAACUGAAGAAACUGUUAGAGAAACUUACGUAGACAGUAGCAACUUACAUACACUUCGAUAGAUUUAAUUUUUCAUUCCUGUAAAACAACUCAAUGAGCAGAUUCCAUUCCAAUAUCCGUUUCAAAUCCAAUGAACAAAUGUGGUGCAAUUUUGCGCACAAUAAUUCGUUUAUUUUGCUAAAAUCUACAUCUGGAUUAUAGACAAAAUAAUGAUACUAUUCGUUUAGCUCCAUUCGAAUGUAGUGAAUCUGAGAACACAAAAAGUAAUGCGAGCGCGUCCUAAAUAAAUAACGUAACUUCCGCCGCAGACAUUUUAUAAAAGCGAUAUUUUAAGAAGCAUAUUGAUUUUUAAAGGUUUAGCUAUUUCCAACCUAUUAUAAACGAAUAGUUAUGUGAUAAGAUUAUACCAUGGUUUGAAUCACUUGAAAUGUCGAAAGAAAAUAGAAUAGACGUGUCAAUAACGACAGAGCCAAACUGUAUUCAGUAUUCAUUAAAGUGAACGUGAAUAUUCAAAGAGCACACUGUGCCUUACAUCAUCGAACCCUUACUACGGCGUUAUGUAAAAGGAUAAUUAAAAACGGUUUUGUAUUUGAUGCAUCAUUUUCAUAAUUGAAAAUGCAAUCAAUCUUCAAAUUUAGCUACGUUAUGUGACGGUACAAAUGAUACUAUCAUUAAAACAAAAGGGAGUGAAAUAGAAUGUAGAUAAACUUCAGUUAGA